CCCCGUCUGGCAGGGUCUGGUCUCCGCACAUGAUCCGUCGCCUUGAACGAUGCUCGAUGCGAGUUCCGGCCUCCCAAUAUAAUACGUAUGCGGUGUUCAUUCGCCUCCCAAGUAUUUGUGACUGAAUGGGAACGCCAUGCAUUUCUACCUACAUACGUACAUGCACAACUCUGUGGGCCGACUCAGACGCUGCCAACCAAGACAAGAGUAAACGGCCGAGUUCGUUCUCUACUGUACCACCCAAUACUCCGUACAGCCCCCCGAUAUGUCUUCCACUACGCCACCACUGCCCUCAAGCUGUUUGCUUGGUGCGCGCUCGCGCCUCCUUUCUGCGCAAUAUCGCCGGGCGAGUCAUGGGCGGAUACCCGUCAGUCAAGAGCCCGGGGCUACUGUACCUGUCUAGCGUUCGGUUCUUCUUGUCUUACCGUUCUGCCGUCAGCCUUCUGUGAGAGCAUUAGGUUGGUGGUGACCGACCUCACCGCUCGGGCUCUUGACCAACGGCUAUAUGUGUUCAUAGAGGCGAAGCUAUGGGCAAUUUUUGCAUAAGAAGACGGGGUAGCCAACUGUCGUGCUGCUCUUUUGACUCUUCCUAGUCGUUUCUGCCACCUGCCUACUCUCUCCCUCGCGAUCAAAAACGUCAUGGAGGAUAAGACUAUGAACGGAGAAAGCGCGGACAAUCGCGUCCAUUCGGCCGACGAGAAGCCGACGGGCGACGGCGACCACGAGUCUUCGGCUUACAAGGUGGUCGUUCGGGAUGUCGACUACGAGGGCAAACCGACUGAGGAAGAGCUAGCGACCUUGCGCCGAGUCCCCGGCAAGGUGCCUACGGUUGCAUAUAUGCUCUGCGCCGUUGAGUUCUGCGAGCGGGCAUCCUACUAUGGAUGUGUGCUGAUCUGGACCAACUAUAUCAACCGUCCUCUGCCAAAAGGCGGCAACGGCUAUGGCGCGGUGCCGAACGGAAGCCAGGCUACGCAGGGCGCUCUAGGGCUUGGUGAGCGGAUAGCGAACGCCACCAGUCAGUCUUUCAGUCUUCUGGCCUACUGUCUCCCGCUUGUUAUCGGUUACCUCGCCGACACCAAAUUCGGACGAUUUAAUAUGAUCUUUUGGGGAGUCAUUGUCUGCGGCGUGGGCCAUGUGCUCAUUGUUGCCGGUGGCGCAAAGCAGCUGAUUGAGAAUGGAACGGCAAAGAUCCCGUUCUUUAUUGGAGUAUACAUUCUCGCUCUAGGCGCCGCCAUGUUCAAACCAAAUGUAGCCCCGCUUCUGCUCGACCAGAUGAACACCCAUGUUCCACGGGUCAUCACACUCCCGUCAGGCGAGCGCGUCAUUGAGGAUCCGGAGCACAGCGCUGAGAGAGUUAUGCUUUGGUUCUAUCUAUUGAUUAAUAUUGGCGCUUUCAUGUCAGUUGGGACAUCUUAUUCGGCACGGAGAGUUGGUUGGUGGCUAGCAUUCUUGCUCACUUUGAUCCUAUACCUCCCCCUACCUCUGCUGCUCAUCUGGCUGAAGCCUCGAUUGGCCCACCAUAAGCCUGGCGGCUCGGACUUGCCAAACGUUUUCCGUGUUUUUGGCCACUGUAUGAGGCAUGGCGGGAUUUACCGCAUUGGCCGACGCGGAUGGUGGGACGCCGCGAGGCCGUCUGUUAUUGCGGCAAAGGGGCUGAAACCGGAGACGCAUUAUAAUGAUGCUUUUGUCGACGACGUCAAACGAACGAUGCAGGCAGCUGGCAUGUUCAUCUGCAUUCCCGUUCAGUUCUGGAACGACAAUGGUAUUGGGAGCUCUGCCAACUUUCUAGGCACUAUGCUCACUGGAAAUGGCGUUCCAAAUGAUGUGAUCCAAAACUUCAACGCACUCACGGUCAUUUGCCUUGGUCCCAUUCUGAACUACGGACUGUACCCGUUCCUUCGAAACUCCAGGAUUCGCUAUGGCCCAGUCGCUCGGAUGACAACUGGAUUCUUCCUGAGCACCCUUGCGGGCAUUGGCUACUGCGUCUUGUGUUACUUCGCCUACCAGACGAGCCCCUGCGGCUGGUAUGGAUCUUCAGAUCCAGUGUGCGUGGAAGAAGGUCUGGUGUCUCCGAUUUCUCUAUGGUGGGAGGCAAUUCCGUAUGCCCUCGGCGGAUCGUCGGAGCUCUUUAUCAACGUCCCAGCGUACGGCAUCGCCUACUCCCGAGCGCCAGUCAACAUGAGAGGAUUCGUCUCUGCUCUCAAUCUUUUGAACACCGGCAUCGCUUAUAGUGUCAACUUGGCAGUCUCGGCCGUUGUUGCUGACCCACAUCUUGUCUGGGAUUUUGGCGCGCCGGCCAUUCUCGGAGCUUUUAUGACUGUGUUCUUUUACUUCACCUUCCGUCGCAUUGACAAGGAAGAGUACGUUCUUUCUAAGAACCAGGCAAUCGCGACUGAGUCUGUUGAACGCAACGGGGAAGGACAUGGGGAGGAUAUUGUUCCAACCAAGGCUUGACGGACCCAGUGUUGGGAAAAACCAGCUCGCCACGUAUGUGUAUUUUGCGGACAACGGGCCACUGGAUGGCUUGCCCCCCGGCCGCCUCUAGCCGGGUGGUUCCACCGGCGUGCUGCUGACUCCAUGUUGCCAUGUCUGACGGUAUACACCUAUGAUAUCACCGUCUUUGUGUGCUGCCAGAACCUCCCUCGCCUCCUUCCUCGCGUGCUUGAUGUAGUUUGUACCACCAGCUGAUGAAUAACCAACUUGUGUCGC